GGGAUGCGACGUAAAGAUGUACGUUCAACUGCCAAUUCGCUUUGAUUCUUGGCUUGACUUUAAUAGUUUCUAAUUCAAAAUACUCAAUCAACAAGAUGCACACGUUCUUCGCAUCGGAAUGGUUUAACUUCGAAUUCCUGCGACUCUUAAGUAUGGCACCGACGGGAGGCUGCGAAACCGCCGAAGCUCUUACGGCAGUGAGUCGCAUAAAAGAUGGAAACGUAGAAUCAUGGGCUUCUGCUUGGUCUGAGUGUUCUCAUAAAGCCGAGAUGAUCGCUGAAGAAGCACUGAAAUUGGGCGACAGGCCGGCAGCUAGAGCUGCAUUCCUAAGAGCUUCAAACUACGCCCGUGCAAGCCAAUAUAUGUGGAGCGAUCGGAGCAACGCGCCAAAUCCAAGACUACUUCCUGUUGCGGAGAGAUACGAAAGUCUUUUCAGAAAAGGGGCGCUGUUAUUGGAUGACACAGAGGCUCGGUUCCUGAAGAUACCGUUCGAGAAGACGACCAAACUACCUGCGAUAUUAUAUCUGCCUGCCUCUGCGCACAUUCAUUCAAAUGGAAAGAUCCCGAUUAUUGUGAACGUCAAUGGAGGAGACUCUGUUCAAGAGGAGUUGUUUUUCCUUGCCCCAAGUGUAGGACCACGACUUGGAUAUGCAAUUCUUACGUUUGAUGGGCCGGGGCAAGGAAUUACUUUGAGGCGCGAUAAGCUGUUCAUGAGAUAUGAUUAUGAGAAGGUCAUUGAAUGUGUUCUUGACUUUGUUUUCGAAUAUUCGAAUCACAAUCCUGGGUUACAGCUUGACUUGGACCGUAUCGGAAUUCUCGGUGCAUCACUUGGAGGCUACAAUGCACUGAGAGCCGCAACCGAUUCUAGAAUUCAAUGCUGUGUGAGUAUUGAUCCGCCAUAUAAUAUGUGGGAGAUUGUAGCUUCUAAGAUGCCGCGUUGGUUUCUAAGUGGAUGGCUAUCUGGCUGGAUAUCCAACAACUUCAUCGAUCGUGUAGUGAUGUUACUCGCGAAGGUUAAUAGUCAAUUCAGUUUUGAAAUUGGCCAUAUGAUGUGGGCAUUUGGUCAAGAUACUCCUUCUGAAGCACUUCUUGCUCUGAGAAAAUUUACGCUGUGCUCAGAAGAAGGCGAGCUGUGUCUUCAUGGCAUUAAAUGCCCUGUCCUUGUCUCUGGGGCUGGAGGAUCUCUUUAUUUUAGACCGGAGACGAGCACUGUUAAGAUUUUUAACGAAUUGGUGAACGUGGAUGAUGCGAACAAGGAGAAAUGGAUCCCAAUAGAGCCUCGCGAUGGAGGGCUACAGGCAAAAAUUGGAGCCUUUGGGCUUUCCAACAUGAAGACCUUCGCGUUUUUUGAUCGGCAUUUCAAGGUGACAAGAGAACCAUUAGCUUUAUGAGCUGAGAAAUAAAAAGGAGGGAGAAGCGGGGGCUACAAAUGUUUUAUCCAGAUGGCUUGAUUGCAUGGAAACUUCCUUUGAACCUCCAAAGGUGGAAUGAGAGACACGAAUUUAUGUACUGAAGAUGAUGUCCCCCAAAUAAUUUCAUGCAAAACUUCA